AUGGCUCCUCUGGCUAAGACUCUCGCCCUCGCCGGCGCUCUUUUCGCUGCCGUCGCCUCGACCGCUCCGGUGCAGAGGCGUCAGGAUGUUGUCGUGAACACCCACACUACGGUCGAAUGGACUACCGUGACGGUCACCACGACCAUCACCAUGGACCGACCUACCCAGGCACCGGCUCAGCCCACUGCUGCCCCUGCGUCCUCGGCUCCCGUCGUGACUCCCCUGCCUGCUCAACCCACUGAGGUUCCUGACGAGCCCGAGCAGAGUGAGGCCCCCGAGCCCCAGCAAUCUGCAACCAUCCAGCCAGUGUGGUCUCCCGCCCCUGAGCCUACUACCUCUGCUACUCCCACCCCCGAGCCUACCCAACAGCCCGAGCCUACCCAACAGCCUGAGCCCACCACCACCAACGCUCCUCCGGUCGUGGUACCGACCUCGUCGAGCACUACCUCUGCUGCCCCUCAGCCUACCGCCAGCACCCCCAGCGGUGGCAGCGGAUACACCGGCGCCUGCUCCCAGGGCUCCCCGUGCACGGGUCAGGUCACCUUCUACGACACUGCCACCUCUCAGCUUGCCCCCAGCAGCUGUGGAUUCACCAACGACGGCACCACCGAGGAUGUCCUGGCUCUUCCCGUCGGCCUGAUGAAGCCGGAAGACUGCGGUCGCAUGGUGACCGUUCACUACAAUGGCAAGGUCGUAUCCGGCAAGGUCGUCGACAAGUGCAUGGGCUGUGACAGCACCUCUAUUGACCUGUCGCGUCACUUCUUCAAUUCCCUGGCUUCCGAGUCUGAGGGCCGCCUCCACAAUGUUGAGUGGUACAUGGAGUAA